AUGGGAUCUCGUGAUGAUAGACAGCCGGCAAAGUUCUCCGACCUCCUAACAGUUUUCAACUUGUUUGAUCGGGAUCAAAGUGGGUUUUUGCACGAGACCGGGAUUCUUGCAGCACUGAAAUCUUUGGGAUUUCACAAAUCCCACGGCGACCUUCGUCAAGCUCUGGAAAACUGUCAAAUUAAUUUUUUUCAAAAGCGCAUAAACUUUAAUGAAUUUAAAAGGUUAUAUCAAGAAUUUUGCAAACAAGAAGCAUCUGGAUCGGUCGAUCCUCAGUCCACACGAACUACUAUUUAUCAAUAUGGAUCCUCUUUAUCCCCGCAAGGUGAUGAUACACUUCAUAGUGUUAGUGAAGAUGAGCAAGUUGCUUUCUGUGGAUGGCUGGAAAGCAAAAUCAUCAAUUGUUCCGCACCUCAAACGAUUGAUUUGAGGGCUCUUCAUCGUGGAAAACGGCUGACAACCUACCAGGUGAUGGAAAAUAUAACGUUAGCGUUGAACAGCGCUCGUGCUAUUGGAUGCAAUGUUGUCAACAUCGGAGCAGCGGACAUAGUCGAUGGAACUCGUCAUUUGUUAUUAGGUCUAUUAUGGCAAAUAAUUAAGAUUGGCUUACUGCGCCAAAUAAAUGUGGUGGCACACAGUGAAUUGGUUGCUCUUCUGGAUGAAGAUGAAACAAUAACCGAAUUUGCAAAGCUCUCUCCUGAGCAAAUAUUGAUGCGGUGGGUCAACUACCAUCUCAAACGAGCUGACUGUGAUGCAAGAAUGGAAAACUUUACUAUUGAUGUUAAAGACUGCGAGGUCUACGCCUACUUGUUGGAACAAAUUAGCCCACCCGAGAAAAAGCCAUUCCUUCACUCCUCCAAGGCCAUUCUAGAUGCGGUGGAUUUGGUGCAACGCGCGGAGAUGGUGUUGCAGAACGCAGAAAAGCUCAAUUGUCGGGUAUUUGUACAACCUAAAGACAUUAUUAAUGGAUCUAUGAAAUUAAAUCUCGCUUUUCUUGCCAACCUAUUCAACACCAAUCCUGCUCUUGAGCCUCCGAGUCCACAGCCCUCACCCGUGGUAGAGGAGACCCGAGAGGAAAUGAGCGAAGAAGAGCCCCAGCCUCUCCCAAGUCGAUGGGAGUGCCUGUUGGCGUGGCUAAAGGCCCUCCUGCCGCAGGCUCCCCAGGCGACUCGUGUGCCCCGCGCCUGGUUUCGAGCUAACUAUGACCUCUUAGAGGGCAAGAACACCAAACUCACCGGCAAGUACCUUGCCGAGUGA